CGGCUGUCUCGCUCUCCCUGCGCUAGGCCUGCGCUAGGCGGGCAGUUCAGUCUCCACCACUCGUCGCGCUCGGCGCCGGGGGCGCCAGGCAGAGGUGGAUCCGGAGAGAGGUCGCGGGCAGGGACCAGCGGGCGGGGAUGGUGGGCUCGGCCGCCUGCUCCGCGUCCGCCACCGUGGUGGCGAUGGCCAAGGGCAACGGCAAGGGCAGGGGCGGCGCCUCCGCGGGCACCAACAAGGUGAUACGGCCUCCUAGAAUUACAUCUAAUGUUAAGCAGAGCUUGAGGAUUCUAAAAUUUUGGAAGGAGUAUGAAAGGAAGCAAACAAGUGGACCUCAGCCUGCUACUAGAUACCGCAAAAAGAAAGUAAUAAAAGAGGUGCUUCCUGAUGACGCAGACAUCUAUGAGGACCCUUCUUCCACCCUUCAAUUGACAAAUGAGGGUUUGGAAAUUGCUUCACCGGUUAUUCUUGUCGACGGCUACAAUGUAUGUGGCUACUGGGGAAAGCUUAAGAAGGAUUUCAUGAAUGGGAGACAAGAAAUUGCUAGACAAAUGCUAAUUGAUGAGCUGGUAUCUUUCAGUGCAGUAAGAGAGGUAAAAGUUGUUGUGGUAUUUGAUGCUGCCAAUUCAGGGCUUUCUACGCAUAAGGAAACAUAUAAAGGGGUUGAUGUUGUAUAUUCUGCCGACUUAUCUGCUGAUUCUUGGAUUGAGAAGGAGGUUGAAGCUUUGGUAGCAGAUGGUUGCCCGAAAGUAUGGGUUGUAACAUCCGAUGCAUUGGAGCAACAAUUAGCACAUGGAGAAGGUGCUCUUAUCUGGAGCUCUAAAAGAUUGGUCAAAGAGAUAAAAGAAUCAGAAAAGGAACUUGAUCUAGAGCUGAAGGAAACCAGGUCAACUUCACUGCAAGGAAAACUUUUGCAGCACAAGCUGAAUCCAAAAGUAGUACAUGCAUUAAAAGGUCUCAGGAAUAAACUUGAAGAACAAGAGCGGCAGAAGAAGUGACCACUAACUGUUGGACGGUGAUGGUUGACCAAGAGAGGAGAGAACAGGUGCACAUAUGUGCAUUUGUGUGUGAACAUCUACUAACACUGGAUCCAUUGACAGCUGACAGAGCAAGCUUGAUGCGAGCACAAAGAGUGUUAUGAAAUGCAUGCUUGAUGUGUGAACAUCCCGAGUAUGCUAACAUCAUGUAAAAAUUAAAGAAACCUGGCUUUCUUUGGGGUGCAGCCAGUUUUGUGUAGACACCAUGUUUUGAUCACAGCACCCCGAGAAAAGAAAACCAUGAGCUGUAUAGUAAUGCAACUUAGCUGCUGAUGUUUUCAGGGAUGUGGAUGUAGGGAGCUCAUCAGUUGAAGAAAUAUUCGCUGUAGACCUCUAGAUUUUGGAAAUGAGAAAACUGUAUUUGUGGAUGUAUAGGGAACUCAUCAGUUGAAUAAAUGUUGGCUGUAGGCCUCAAGAUUUUGGAAAUGGGUAAAAUGAAGAAAUAUUCGCUGUA